GAACCAGACAUCAUAGUCACACAGCGCCCCAACAUCUUCCUGCAGUGCUUUGUUCCCAAUUCUGUAAUCAUGUCUUUUGGAGUGUCGCACAGCCCAACGCCUCUUGCUUCCCUUGGACCUCUGACUCUCUCCACCUUCUUUAUGGAUGGAUCCAUCAGAAAAGAGACGGGUUCCAUCCUUGAUCCAUCCAUGCCUUCUUCUAUCACUCCACCCUUUCUUCCAUCAAAUCCUGACUGUCUUUGCACUGGAACCAAUACCUAAUAAAGCUGCACAGGGAACGUAAAUUAGUGCCUUGUCUUGGUGCUUGGGGGCCGGGCUAUGGGUGGUCAUGUACCGUUCCUUUACAUCCAUGGGGGCCUAGCUAAUGGAUGUCUUUCCCGCAUCGUACUUUAAUUAGGACAUUAGGUCGGGUAGAUUAGUAGCUCUCAGGCCCCUUCACCUUAAACCUCCACUACCUCCCACCCAACUUUACACACCACCCGGUACUGUACAUACCUCUCGUCCAAGACAACUUAGCCCUGUGACGCCGCCAUUGUUCGCUGCUACAUACAUACGUAUUGUUUGAAUUGUCAUUCACGUACACGCACUCGCCGCUCUUUUCUUUCUUUCUUUCCUUCUUCUUUUCAAUUCUUCUUUUGAUUUCAUUCAGACUAUUUGUGGCUUUGCUCUUUCGAUUUCCAAGCCUCCAUAGAUCAACGUCAUUCAGUGUCGUCCAUCACCCCACGAGAAUCACCAACAACGCCCAUCGAAGCCGAAUAGCACAGUACCCUAAAUAUACGCCACGGCACCGCGUCGCAUUACCAUCGACCUCACAGCGCCUCUCUUUCCAACCGACGACUUCAUCUGGUCUUCUGGCUCUUUGCUUGUUUCAACUUUGUUCCAGCGACCAUCUCCGUAUCACAAUUCGCAUAGCGCGGCCCGCGCAAGAUCCCUCUCCGACGCCGAUCCCUCCUUGGCUACUACCUCUCGCCCUCGACUCGCCGUCAUUCUUGACGUCUGUUAACCAUCACACAUUAUUUGCUUUCUUCCACCAAGACCGACAGCAGGCCUCCGUUUUGCACUGUACUUUAUGCUCUCGCGCAACAUACUGGCUUAGACAAUCGCUUCUUCGAUUCAUAGGGAUUUGCGACAGCUUGUUCACUUUCACAUAAACUCAGCGCAGCAAUCCUUCGACCUCCCCUGACUGUGCAGCUUUCGAGCGCUCUGGAACUAUACCGAAACGACUGUCGUCUUGUAUUCGCAUCUGCAGUGCAUCUUGGCCUCCCAAGUUCAUGGUCUGCAUGGAAACACGCCUCCAUAGCUAGACUUUUAUUCUAAAGCGACCACCAUGUCGUCACGUCCGUCUCUACUGGACUUGCGAUCGGAUUCUUCGAACUCCAACCUUUCUACAGUCUCUAAACCCUUGCGCUCACCUCGCCUCCAUGUUGCUGGCGAGGUUCCUCCUGAGCUGUCCCCCUUGGACGCUUUCGCCAUGCAGAGUCGCCUACUCGCAAGGCAAUUGCAAGAAAGCGCCAAAGAGGGCAACCGAAUGAGUCGCCUUCCUCCUCUAACUGUUGAGAGCCCAUUAAUCGUUCAGGGCCGCUCUGAGUACUUUCGCUCAUUGUCACAAGAUUCAGGCUCCGAAGCCGGUGAUCACCCUCCUCUGCGCCCUAGUUCUGGUCUCGCGGUAAGGACAGAGGUGGAGGAUGCCUUUAGCGAUGACGCUGAGCGCCCUGUGUCUAUGCAUCCACGAAUGAGCCGAAUACCGCCUACUCCCGAUGAAGAGGUACCCGCAGUGCCUCCACGAGCUCCGUCUAGAGGACGGGUGUUGGAUCAUAUUGAUGAGACUGGCUCAUUUUUCGGCGCCAGGAGGGAACGAUCGCCCUCGCCAUUACAUAGUGAUACGCAGUCCCAGUUUGACAAGCGAGUUGAAUCAUCUCCGUCUCGGAAAGACGAUGCUGCCUCGCUACUUUCUGCCCGACGACCAAGCGGCUCGAUCAGCGAAUCAGUCACCGGUUCACCAGAAAAGCCCAAGCAUUCAUAUGAUGAACUCGGACUGGCGCCACCUCUGACCUCAUUUCAUCAAAGACGACGUACACCCAGCAAUGUCUCAUCUCCGGCAUUGCCUACCGAUGAGGAUGGCUCUAGUGGCAUGGCGGCUUCGUUUCACUCACUGCCUCCACGGAAGCUAUCUUCUGCAAGUGCAAUGACCUCCCCUGCGGUGGGCUCUUAUCGACGAUCGCCUUCCAUUGGCUCCGAAUCCUCUGCGCUUCCUCGACCGUCCUUCAACUUUUCAAGACCUAUGAGCAGGUCUGGCACACCUGGUAUGGAGCCACCCUUGAGACAAGCUUCCUCUGAUAGCCAGCCUUCGUUCAUUUUGGCUGAUGAGUCGGUUCAUACACCAGUGAGCAUGCAUAGUGAGGCAUUCCUUGAGCAACAGGCCGAAGACCGCGAUAAGGGUGCACCGUCCUACAUCUAUUCCAAAUUCUCACUCCCGAGAGGCAAGGCCAUUCAACGCGCGGAACCAGAUGAAAAUAAUCCACAGGCUUCCUUCCAUUGGGAACAACCCAUGGUGCCCCCAAGCGACGUCCACCGAUUUGAGAAUGCCCCUCCACCAUCACCUCCCACUCGACCUACAAGCUCCUCCGCCAAUACCGUUCCAGACGAUUCCCUGGCAUCGGGUAGCUCAAUGCCGAAGGCAUCGAUCGAGCUGAGAAAGGUUCAAUCGGAAACAACACCGCCACCGAUGCCCCAGCUAUCUCCAACUGCAAGCAGACCAUCAGUUGAGGAGCCGCGUGCAUCAGAGGAUGCGCCUAGAGGCCGAGGUCGAACGCCUGUGUCAAUAGCCACCAGUGACACAGCAAGCACGAUCAAACCACCCCCAACCGCUCGCUCGACAGCACCUACAGCAUUGGAAAUGAGUGCAGAAGAACACUUGGCGAAGGGUAUCGCAUGUCAUGAAAGUGGGGAUCUGAAAGAAUCCACAUACCACCUCAGAUAUGCAGCACGUCUAGGCGACCCGACCGCUAUGCUUCUCUAUGCGCUUGCCUGCCGUCAUGGAUGGGGUAUGCGUGCUAAUCAGAAAGAGGGCGUGGAAUGGCUUAGAAAGGCCGCGGAAUGCGCUAGUGUCGAGAUCGCGGAUGAUGAGAGUCAUGUAAAGGAGGGCAAGCAUGUUGACGUUGUGGAACGAAGAACUCGAAAAGCCCAAUUUGCUCUGAGCAUUUACGAAUUGGGAGUGAGUCACAUGAAUGGCUGGGGUAUUGAGCAGGACAAGUCACUGGCUCUCCGUUGCUUCGAGAUCGCUGGUAACUGGGGCGAUGUCGAUGCGCUGGCUGAAGCUGGCUUCUGUUAUGCACAGGGUAUUGGAUGUAAGAAGAAUCUGAAGAAGAGCGCCAAAUUCUAUCGCAUGGCUGAAGCCAAGGGUAUGAGCAUGGUUGGGAAUAGCUGGUAAGUCUUGACAUCCAGAGCAUAUAACCCGCAAUCCACCCUCGUGCUCACUAACAUUAAACAGGAUUCACAAGGCCAAAUACGAUGACGACGGCGAGUCAACCGCGUCCAAGAAAGACAAAAAGAAGGCCCGCAGCAAAUCUCGAACCAGAACCAUGUUUGGACUGAAGUGAGCUCACGAGCCGCUCCAGUGACACGCCUACUAUGAUAAUGAUGACAUCUUCGACAUACCCAUUUUAAUCGGAGUUUUUACUGGUUUUCCAUUGCAUUGGGGGGUUUAUGGGAUUUAGGAGGAAUAUUCUUGUGCUCCCUGUAACGUCUGCCCAGGGCUGGACCUGGGCCAGGUGAAGGAACUAGAUUCAGUUCCGUGUUCAGCGUCAGAUUCUAGAUGAGGAUUUUUAGUGAACAUACCCCGAUGAAAGGGUGAUAUGAAUUAUUAUGCCUACUGCAGGCACAGCAAAGACACGGCUACUUGAAUUGUAGUACGAUGGUUGUCUAUUCUAUUCAACACGUUCUUGGACAUUGCAUCUCAUAUCCAGGGACUAGCGAAAAGCAGAGGCACUCAAGUCAGACAAAAACUUGCCUUUUCUUUUUUUAUUUAAAAUUAAUUGCAUUCGAAAUAUUGCAUUGAGC